AUGUGGUCGUUACCAACCUGCCUGAGCCUGGCGCUGCUCUUGACCCAGGCACAGGCGCUGUACUUCUACAUUGACGGUCCAACGCAAAAAUGCUUCUUCGAGGAGCUACCGCAGGACACGCUGGUAGUUGGCCACUUUAAAGCAUCCCAAUGGAACGAACAAGCGCGCUCCUACGUCGAAGGCGGCGGUGACAUGGGCCUCUUCAUAACCGUCGACGAAGUCUUCGACAACGACCACCGCGUCGUCUCCCAACGCGGCAGCGCCAGCGGCAAAUUCACCUUCUCCGCCGCGGACUCUGGCGAACACCGCAUCUGCUUCACCCCGACCAACGUGCCCGCUUCACGGGGCUUCCUCUUCUCCGGUGCGCAAGCCGGGGGCGUCAAGUUGGAGCUGGAUAUGGCGAUUGGGGAGACGUCGCAGAUUGAGAGCUCGGAUAAAGAGAAGGUGGGCGAGGUGGUGCAGAAGCUGAAGGAUCUGAAUGCGCGACUGCAGGAUUUGAGACGGGAGCAGGUUUUCCAGCGGGAGAGGGAGGCGGAGUUCAGGGACCAGAGUGAGUUGGUCAAUUCGAGGGUGGUGAGGUGGAUGUUGAUACAGUUGUUUGUGCUGGGGGCGACGUGCGCGUGGCAGUUGAGCUAUUUGAGGGCUUUCUUCAUUAAGCAGAAGUUGACGUAG